UCCGGGCCAGACACGAAUCAAGAGGAGGCGGAGGGUCAUGCCUCUGGAAGACAAGAUGAAAAUUCUCGAGAAGCUGGAAGAAGGCGUGAGUAACACCGACGUGGGGCGCCUGUUUGGCGUCAACGAGUCAACCGUGCGCACCAUUAAGAAAAACGAGAAGGCCAUCAGGGCCAGCAUGGAGAGUGUUUCGCCGCUGUGCUCCAAGGUGCUGUGCAUUCCCCGUGACGUAAACAUCGAGAAGAUGGAGACCGAGUUAACUUUCUGGGUGGAGGACCAGACCAUAGGGGGCCGGCCUCUGACGCUGAAGGCCAUCUGCAGCCAGGCCAAACGCAUUUACAAGCAGCUGGUCGAAACCACUGGGAACGGCAACCCGGAUAAGUUUCAUGCGAGCAAGGGAUGGUUUGAGAAGUUUAGAAAUCGCUACAGUCUGCGAAAUUCGAGGUUGAUGGGGGAGGAAGAACCCCUGAAUGCCCAGUCGGCACCCAAGUAUUCCAAACAACUCCAGAGACUGAUCAGAGCCAGAGGCUACGUGCCUCAACAGGUCUUCAACGCCGAGGAGAUGAGCCUGUUUUGGAAGUGCAUGCCUUCACGUACUUUUAGGGAAAAAGACAAAAAUCCCGAAAGCUUAGAGGAAGCUAAGGACAGGAUUUCCCUCAUUUUUUGUGCCAACGCCGCCGGUGACAAAAUGAUAAAACCCUUGCUGCUUUAUAAAGACCCCAAUCCCAGUUGUCUUUUGGAAAAAGAUAAAAACCGCCUUCCUGUGUUCUGGCGAUCACACCCCAAAGUAUCAUUAACUGCUGCCCUCUUUUUGGAUUGGUUUCAUAAUUGUUUUAUCCAUCAGGCCCGGAGUUAUUUAAUAGAAAAAAAUCUUGAGUUCAGAGUGUUGCUAAUUCUGGACAGAGGUCCCAAUCACCCAGACUCAUUAUUCUUUGCUCAUCCUAAUGUUGAUAUUGUGUUCCUCCCUCUGGAAGGCACUAGCUAUCUUCAGCCCUUGGACCAGGGUAUAAUUGAAGCAUUCAGGAGGUAUUACACCAAGCAUAUGUUUGACCACUUUGCUGACUGUAUUGAAAAAAACCCCUGUCUUACUUUGAAAGAAACAUGGCAACAGUACAACAUUGCUGAUGCUUUGGUAGUGAUAAAAGAGGCAAUGGAUGAUAUAAAACCGGCUGCUCUUAAUAAAGCCUGGUGGAAACUUUGGGAUGAUGUUGUGAAUGAUUAUGCAUGUUUCCCUAGAGCUAAUGAAGAAGUUGCAAAAAUCGUAGAGUCUGCAAAGCGGAUGGACUUUAAAUUCCUUGACAUUGAAGAGGGUGAAAUUAAUGAGCUGCUCAAGUUUCAGGCUUUGGCCAUAACUGAGAGAGAGUCUGUAUCAAUAAAUACGGAAGAAGACAAGUCCCCGGAACCAGAGGUAAAGAUGAAUUUAAGGAAAUUGAAUGCUGUCUUACGCCAGGCCUCAGACCUCAUUGAUGCUGCAAUUGAUAUGGAUCCUUUCCUGGACCGAAGUUUGGCCUUUAAAAAAGACUUCAAUAAAUUGUUAUAUACCUAUAAAGAGGUACAGAAGAACCUUCAAAAUAAAGCAAAGGAGUUGAAGAAAGAAAAAGACACAAACGAAGAGGAAGUAGUGUGGAUGAAGAAGAUGGAUACAGAAUCAGAGUCUGAAGGGGAGUCUGAAUCUGAAUCCGAGUCUAAAUCCGAAUCUGAAUCCCAUAAGGAGGAGCAGGUAGAGAGAAGGAAAGAGGACAAGAAGCCUCCAGAAGAAGAUCCUGGACCCUCAAGCAGUGGCACUGAGACUCUCACUAUAUCUGAAGAAUCUGCCAAAGCCAUAAAUGCAGAAUUGGACUUUUGGAAUCUAACCUUGGAAUUGAAUCUGGAGAGAGUAGAUGUGCCUGAGUUAAAGGAAGAGAAUCCAGAGGCAGUUCCUUCCAAAUGACAGUUCAUCUCUUGCCAUUUUUCCCCUGUUGCCCCAACAUCUCCCUUCAUCAUGACCAUCCUUAUCAUCACCAG